AUGGCGCCCGCUUGCUCCCUCCCCGCCCUUCUCCUCCUCACCCUCGCGGUGCUGUCCCCCACCCCGGCCGCGGCGGCGCGGUUCGCGUGCAACGCCACGGCGCCGCGGGCCUCCACCUGCCAGGCCCUCGUCUCCUACUCCCCGCCCAACGCCACCACCCUGGCCGCCGUCCGCGCGCUCUUCCAGCUCCGCUCGCACCGGGCGCUGCUCGCCUCCAACGACCUCCCGCUCUCCACGCCCACCACCGCGCCGGCCCCGUCCCCGGUCCGCGUCCGCCUGCCCUGCCUCUGCUCCGGGGGCGCCGGCGCCACCUUCCAGCGGCCCACCUACAAGGUCCGCGCGGGCGACACGCUCGACGCCGUCGCCCGCGGCGCCUUCGCGGGGCUCGUCACGUACCGCGACAUCGCCGCCGCCAACAACAUCUCCGACCCCAACCGGGUCGCCGUCGGCCAGGAGCUCUGGGUGCCGCUGCCCUGCAGCUGCGACCCCGUCGGAGGGGAGCCCGUCGUGCACCUCACGUACGUCGCGCCUGCCGGGAGCUCCGUCGCCGGGAUUGCGGAGGAGUACGGGACCACGGAGGAGACGAUUCUGGCCCUCAACCGCAUGCCCGACGCCAAGAGCCUCCUCGCCGGCCAGGUCCUCGACGUGCCGCUCCGAGCUUGCUCUUCUGCCAUUAGCAACUCGGCCAUCGACCGCAACCUCCGCGUCCCCAACGCGAGCUACAUCCUGACGGCCAACAACUGCAUCAUGUGCGGCUGCAGCUCCACCAGUUGGCAGCUGGACUGCCAGCCGACGCAAGGGUUGACACCCUCCUGCCCGGCGGCGAAAUGCGGAGAUCUGUUCCUCGGGAACACGUCGACGUCCGCGACCUCGGCCUGCGAGAGCACGACGUGCUCCUACGCCGGCUACACCAACGGCACCUCGUUCACCAUCCUCGCCAACCUCACCACCAGCUCCGUGUGCAACGCUGCUGGGAUAUCGCCGGCCGCGCAGCCGGCCCACUCCUCGGCGUCCAGAUUGGGGUCGCCGGCGCGGUGGUCGGAGCUGAUCGUCGGGCUCCAUGUCGCUCUGCUGUGCCUCGGGUUUCUGCGCCGUGACUGA